AUGGAUGUGGAUCAAGAAACGCCGGAGAAUCAAGUGAAGACCUGCAGGUCCGAGGGCUUGAAGCGCCAAUGCCUGGACCAGGCCUUCUUGGGAGCAAAGGCCCAGGAUGCUGAGACGCAGGUUGUAGUCGUGAAUGACGAGGAUGAUGCUGCUCCAGACAGCAAAGGCAUCCAAGCCCUCCUGCAGGAGCUCAAGACAGAGGUUCGCAGAUCUGGUGGCGGCCCGGUGCAGUACCUGGAAAAGCACUGCGAUGCUGCAGGAUUCCGACAGUGGCUGCACGACUGCUUUCCCUUGAGGGAGGACAUUCACUACUCGCACGACGAGAAGACCCUGCCGCUCGUGGAGGAGAAAGAGAUGUCGGAUGUUUUGCCGCUGACUGUCCAUGUCUCUGCCUUGGGAUUUACGAGGGACUGCAGCCUCAAACCUCCCUGUGGGCUAGAUCUCAUGUUGACCUUGUGCAACCUCUACUUGACGGAAGGGUUCACAACGGCAGCAGAGCCAUUGAUGGUGCUGCAGAACACCACACCCGGAAUCUCUGAGAAGCUGCCGGAACUUGAAAAUGGCGGGUUGAAGACCUUCAGCUUGGGCUACCUCAAAGGCUUAGCCCGUGCCACAAGCCUCCUUUGCUUGCUUCAUUUCAUGAAGAAAAGACAUGUGAAUCCGGAGCAGCAGUUCCCGGCCCUCUGGGACUCUGUGCUUCGUAUUCGUGUGCAUCAUGUCAAGACAACAAGUCGCAUGAAUGAGGCUUUGACGAACAUGAAGAUUUCCUGCAAGGGCUCCGUUCGGAAGGCCACGAACACGGUGCAGACUGUCUUUAUGCUGAAGUCCCUCGCGACCGUCGGUGUGCCAGACCCGAUGGCACUCGUGAAGCAGUGGAAUGCCAUGUCUGCACGAGCUUUCCAAAUUAGCGGGAAAAGGCAGUCCACGCUCAAGCUCUUGUUUGAGGCUGCCCCCAAGGUGGUCCUGGACGACAUCCUGGAUCACGUCCAGACCCUUGGGUGGGACAACUCGGUGUGGCACGACGACAACUUGUCCACGAAGAAGCUGUACCCCAAGCACCAGUUCCCGGCCCGCAGCAAGUUGUGGCAGCAGAGGCUCCGCACGACCGAGGAGUCCAUGGCUCUGGCUGUCCGCAGACUGCAGCAGUGCCACAUCCGCUUGCCCGAGUACCAGCGGAAGAAGCCAGAUAUUGCUGGUGUGGACGAGGUUUCGGCCAUGGCUGCUUGUGCCGUCAACCUUGUGCAGGAGCUUCUGAAGUUGGCCCCUAUCUCCGAGGAGAAGCUGCAGGAAGAGUUUCUGAAACCUUUCGCUGAUGGCUGCCCUGGAGUGGCUCAGGAACUCGAGGUGGCCUUGCUGGACAAGUCCGAGAGCUUCGACAUCCGCAACAUGGCGACCUUCCGGAGGCUCCUGGAUGAGCAGGUCUUUGCCCGGCCCGUGGCCGCUAGCAAGAUCGAGGAGGACGCCCUCACGAUUGACAAGGUGGCCUUGGUCCUGAAGCAGUGCCAGUACGACCAGCAGGUCUUCUCCGCCUGGAUGAAGAAGGUCAACAAUCUCAAGAACGAGAGGGAGCAGCAGGAGCACGCUUGGAAGUUGAGCCAGCGGACUAAAUGCAGUGCUGCGGCAGACUUGUGCUGCAAGUCCUGCCUGAGGCUGGAGGUCUGGGAUCCGACGAAGCCCGAGUCUGCCAUUGCUAGCAUCAUGGACUUCAGGCGGUUGACCAUCUUGGGCAAGCUGGGCCUUUCCACGGAUAGCAAGGAUGUGGCGACCUUGCUCUGGCUCAAUUCGUCGGCUCCCUCCCUGGUCUCUGUCGGGAUCUCCUCAGCCUACAUGCAGACCUUGGCCUGGGCCCUGCAUGACCAGCUCCAGGGCAUGGCGAUGGUUUUGUCGCCCACGUUCAGCUAUGGCCGUGGAAAGUUGCACCUUGAGGCCAGUCCCGAGCCUGCGGGAACCAUGAUUAUCGACCUCUUUGUUCGGACGGGCGAGUUUGCAGAGGCCUUCUUGAAGCAGAGGCCCAAUCGCCCCAAAACCUUCUUCAUUGGCUUCUGCGAGAAUCAAACGGAGGUUACCUGGGUCGAGACGGUGCUGAAGUCCAGCUUGGCGGACUCCUACCUGUCCGGUGCCGUCAUGCCUGGGGGCGAGAAGAUCCCCACGCAGAUGCCGGAAGACCUCGCUGUCAUCCGUGAUGGCAAGCUGGGGAUGCCGGUGGAGAUUGUCAAGGAGUGGGGCAAUCACCCCUUGGCCAAGGACUUCCAGACUUGGCUUGCAACUUUCCAGCAGCAGGGCGGUGUGAUCGUCGAUCCUGCCGAGGCCGCCAAAGAAGCCGACGAGAAGCGGAAAGCUUCGGAGAAGCCUGACUCCGAGCCCCCUGCCAAGAAGCUCAAGGGGAAUGUGAAGAUCGAGGAUGCCUUGCUCUGUGAGGCCGAGACCAUCUCACAGCCCCUGCUGCACGAAUGCAAAGUGACGCUGAGUAAGGACAAUGUGGCCUUGCUCCAGGUCCGUGCUGGGUCCGAAAUCUGGCUCAUCAACAAAGGGCCCAAGGACUUCAUGGGUGAUUUCCACCAGGUCGCCGGAUUUGGCCGAGGCAGCUUCAAACUUCUGAAGCAAGACGAGGAGCCUGCCCAGGGGGCACGGCUUGUGGAGUUCAAGCUGUCAAGCUACAAGGACCUGAUUUACUUGAACAAUCAGUGUGUCACUGUUGGCCAGGCUGUGCAGCAGCAACGUGUCACCAAGCCGGACUGCAAGGUCACCUACCAUGAGAUCCAGCAGGACCCAGAGAAAACCCUCCACGAGUUUUCCCUGAAGAUGACUCAUCGUGUGGCCUUCAUGUCCAAGACUGAGGAGUUGAGCGCAGAGGCUUCCUUUGGCAACUUGGCCCUCAAGGAGAAGGACUCGCUCUGGUCGGAGAGCAAAGCUCUCUGUGUUUUGUGGCACUGCCGCUGGACUGCCAAGGGGCUGAGUCCUGUAAAACCUGCCGUCCACCUGAGGGGCGGUCUGGUUCUGAAGCCUGGCCAAGCCUUGAAGUGCCACGAGAAGCUAGUUGCUGCCUAA